AUGAAAAUCCCCCUCUGGGCCCUCGUGGUCUUGCCCUUCACCACCGCCCUCGUCUUCCCAUUCCACCAUAACCCUCUGCCCGAGCACGAUGACAAUAGUAUCACCGUCACCGACGAGAAUAUAAACCCCGACCUAAUCAAUGGCAUAACCACCACCCUCGCAACAGCCCUCGACCACCUCACAACCGACAUCUAUCCCACCAUCGUGAACAACUACCUCAACUACAACCCUAGUGAUUCACCCCAUCUUUACGCCCAGCACGUCUCCGACCUCGCUCCGCCCUUCCGCCAUCCCACUCCACCCCCAUAUCUCCGCCACCCCGCAUCCAAUAAGACCCUCUACGACCUCAUCCUCUCCAACCCGGAUACCUCCAUCCUCGCCCACUUCAUCCGCAACGACCAUCACCUUACAACCUUUCUGAACAGUACUACCUCGACCAACCUCACCUUCUUCGCUCCCACCAACGAAGCCAUCCGCAAACUCCACCACCAUCACCACCAAAACCGCCAUGAACAUAAUACCAACAACAAUAAAGAAACCCACGCCCGCAUCCACCACAUCCUCACCUACCACGCCGUAAAGGGCUCCUAUCCCAUCGACAAACUCUUCCAAUCACCCACCGUCCCGACCUACAUCCAUACUGAACAUACUGAACAUACCCUCCCCCAACGCAUCACCGUCCGCCCAAUCAUAACCCGCGACCUGAUGCUCAACUUCCACAGCCGCAUCAUCUCCCUGGAUAAGCACGCCACCAAUGGCAUCCUCUACCACAUCGACUCGGUUCUCAUGCCUCCUCCUUCUACCAUCACCAUACUUAACAACCUUCCCUCAGAGUUCAGCACCUUUACGCUAGCACUGUACAGAACUGGUUUGGAUAGGGUACUUACCAAUACCAAUACCCUAACCAGCAGAGCCCUCAAAAAAGCCCUACACCUCCAAUCUAACGACCAAACAAAACCACAACCACAACCAUCCACCUCAUCCCCCCAAACAAAACCGAAUGAAAACCAAGAAGAAAAAGGAAAAAGAAGAGGGUUGACCCUCCUCCUCCCCCCCAACCCCUCCUUCGUGGCAACAUUCACCCCCGAAGCCCUCACCUUCCUCUUCUCCCCGGAGGGGAAUAAAUACCUCUCCGCCAUCAUGAAGUACCACAUUGUGGUUGGCGAGACGCUCUACUCGGAUCAGCUGUAUACCAAACACGGUGAUAUGCUCACCUUCCCACUGGGGGAUAAAUCCAUGUUUUAUAUAGAGAUGGAGAGUUUAUUACACAGAUCUCAGUCACAUAAUGAUAAUGAAGAUGAUGAUGGUAAAGGCAAGGCGGAGAGGCUCUUCAUCGAUGCGAAAUGUCACCACGGCGCGUAUCCAUAUCUCCGAAUAAAUGGGUACCAGGGUGUCUUGAAGGCCGGGGAGUUGUUGACUGCGGAGGGGAAUGUGUUUGUUUUGAGUGGGGGGAGGGUGUUGGUGCCGCCGAGGAGAGAACACGGGAGGGAGGAUGUGGGUGAUGCGAGGGAGAGGGGGGAUGGUGGUGGGUAUUUGAUGGGGGUGGAGGAGGUGAGGGAGAGGGUGGGGGGUUGGUUGGGUCAUGGUGGAUGA